AUGGCCUCAAAUUAUUCCACAGAAAUAGCUCGUGUGUUCCUACCUUCAUUUCCUAUGUUCCGAGUUUAUGAAGAUGGUCGAGUCGAGAGACUGUAUAAAACCGAAACAGUGCCAUCAUGCGACGAACCUCAACUGGCCGUUCGAUCCAAGGACACACCGGUGUCUACCCUAUCCUCGGCUCGUAUUUUUCUCCCGGAAACCGCCGACCCCACCGCCAAAAUCCCGCUUCUCAUCUACUUCCACGGCGGCGCGUUUUGCGUAGGGUCUCCUUUCUCUCCUUCUUACCAUAACUACCUCACCUCCCUGGUCAAUGUAGCCAAAGUAAUAGCAAUUUCGGUAGACUACAGAAAAGCCCCGGAGCACAGUCUCCCCGUUGCAUACGACGACGCAUGGACUGCGAUCAAGUGGGUGGCUUUGCACGCUGAAGGGGACGGUCCCGAGCCAUGGCUCAACGAAAGAGCCGACUUUGAUCGAGUCUUCUUGGCCGGAGAUAGCGCCGGUGCCAACAUUGCACACAACAUGAUAAUGAAAGCUUCUGGUGCAGCACUUGAUGGCCUGGUGGGACUCAGAUUCGUUGGUUUGCUUUUGUUGAACCCCUUUUUCAUGAACCAAGAGCGCGAUGAGCUGAUGGAGUUCAUUUUUCCGAUGAGCGGCGGUUCGAAUGACCCGAUGUUGAACCCGGGUUGCGACCUCGACAAGCUAGCCGCCGGUCUGGUCUGCGAAAGGGUUCUGGUUUGUGUUGCGGAGAAAGAUUCCUUGAGAGAAAGGGCGGUGGCUUACCAUGAAGCAGUGAAGAAAAGUGGGUGGAAUGGAGUUAUCGAGAUGGUGGAGACUCAAGGAGAGGGACAUGUUUUUUUCUUGUUUAAACCGGAUUGCGAGAAAGCCGUGGAUUUGAUGAACCGAGUUUCUUCAUUUCUGAACCGUUGAACUCUUGAAACCCCAACCCAUCAUACUCCACGGAUCAGUUGUGGUUUAUGUCGGCUUCUCUGUUUUAGAAUAAAACGUCCAUCUCUGUUUCAUGUCCUUGUUGAAAGAAAAUAAGUUUGAUAUAGGGUUGAGUUUUAUU